AUGCAGCAGGUGACUCUGCUAACCCAAAUGCGAAACCCGAAUUCCUACCAACAGGUUACUGGUCCCCGCAACCCAACAAUUGUCCGGAGUGUCGCAUCAACCCUACGAAUCCUAAACUGGCCUUCAACCGAACUUGGCACGAUACUACCUACACAUUACGCAGGGGAUCCGACCCACAGUGUACAGUUCUCGUUCACCGGGAUUGCGUUAUCCGUCUUCUGCAUCCUUCCUCCAAAGACGGCUGAAGCGAUCGUAACGACCUACGAUCUGACAUUCAUAUUGGAUGGUCAGCCUGUUGGACCGCCCUUCACUCGAACGAACGACCAGUUGACAGACAGUUACCAAUUGGCAAUACAAUGUUUCAGUUUUUUCGAUGAACAACCUUCCGAACAGGAGGCACACAUUCGUCAUGCAAAUGGUGAGCCAAGCCAAUGA